CUGGGCCUGCAGGAGGGCCAAACGCCGCUGGAGAUCGUGAUCCGAUCCGAGCGCAAGCAGUACCAGGACCCGCUGGUCUGCGUUCUGCUCGACGGCGGUGCCGACAGUUCCUCCAAAGAGAUCAAGGCCUGGUUGAGGGAAAAGACUGAGCUGCGGCUGGUCAAGGCCGGCCUCACGACGGUGCCCGACGCCGUCUUCAAGCAUUUCAAGAAUGUCCGAUCGCUCGAUCUCUCCGACAACGACAUCAACACCCUGCCCACCUGGCUCGCCGACUUCAAGCUCGAGAGCCUGCGCCUGAACGGAAACCCUCUCCAAUCGAUCCCGGCCGAGGUGUUGGACGCCCGGCAUGAAUCGGACCUCAUCCGGUCCCUGCAGACCUACCUGCAAUUGCUGAAGAACUCGACAAUGGGCUGGUCGCGCAUCAAGCUCAUGUUCGUCGGCCGAGAGUGCGUCGGGAAGACUUCCCUCCUCAAAUCCUUCAGCCGACUCCUCUCGGGCAAGGAGAAGCAGAAGGGUCCCAAGGGCAAGCUCCUCUCCACGGAUGGCAUCGACAUCUCCGAGCUGGACGUCCCCGACAAGUUCAAAAAGGGCAAUGUCGACCUAAAGAGUCUUCGGUUUCAGUGCUAUGAUUUUGGCGGGCAGGUGAUCUUCUACCCCACGCACCAGUUCUUCCUGACGGCCCACUCCAUCUACCUCGUGUGCUUCAACGCCAGCACCGAGGACCUCUCCCCCAUUCACUAUUGGCUCAACCAGGUCAAGGCAUCUACGCACAGCGUGGAGGUGCCGGUGAUCAUCGUGGGCACCCACAUCGACCACCCUAGCGUCGACCGCGAGACUCUGCCCUAUCUCGCCAAGAAACUGCGCGCAAUGGACGGGAAUGUGCGCGAGGUGAUGUUCGUGAGCACGAAGACGAUGGAGAACGUGCCGGAGCUGAUCGAGAAGCUGAUCGAGCUGGCCUCCCGGCACUCCUUCCUCAAGAAGCAGAUCCCCAAGGCCUACUACGACCUCCACGAGGCCGUCAUCAAGCUCCGGCCCUCCCCCGAGGGCGCCGCCACCGGCAAGACCGGCACCAGCACCAGCUCCACCAACCCCCUCUCCUCCGGCCUCUCUGGCAGGGGAAGUGGGAGCACGAUGCAGAGCCAGCAGAGCCGCACGGGGAGCGGGUCGAUGGUGUCGGGAGCGAGUCGCGUCGGCAGCGGGGCGGGCACCAACCAGGCGUCGCCCACCUCCGCCGCCGAGAAGCCCAAGGAGGUGGGCCGCAACUACCUCAAGUGGAACGACAUGGUCUACCUGGGACGCAAGUGUGGCAUUGAAGAGGAACAGCUUCCGGAGGUGGUGCGGUUCCUGCACAACGUGGGCGCGGUCAUCCACUUCAACGAUGCCUUUGGCGAUCUCUCCGACCUCGUCAUCAUCAACCCCCAGUGGCUUGCUUCGGUCAUGAAAACGGUGGUGUCGUUUAGUAACACGUGGUGCAAGAACGGCAUGAUCAGCGAGGGCGAUCUCCAUUCGUGGGUGGUGUACCCGCUGCGUGGUGAGGGCAACGACGACGCGGUCAAGGGCCAGGACCUCAUGGUCCCAUCGCUCCUCCCCGAGACCUGCCCCGAACAGCGCUUCGAAGACCAUUGGCCUCCCUUGGACGUGCUCCAGAAACAACUCGGUGCUGAUGUGGAGAUCGGAGUGUUCGCGCGACAGUACGAGGUGGAGUUCGUGCCGCUGGGCGUCUUCUCGCGUCUCAUGGUGCGCGCACUCCACGUGUCCCACGCUCGGCUCCUCGUCCCCUGGCGAUACGGCUACAUUGUCCAUCUCGACAAGCCGGCUGCGGGCGUGGUGCAGGAGCGAGCACUCGUGCGCCAGCUGGCGGUGCAGGGAAGUGCGUCGGCGGGGCGGUUUGAGGUGAUCACCCGCGUGGCGGUCAAGAAAUCGACCAACCCCUCCUUCAAGCGACCGCGUGUCGUGCUCCUCGCAGAGCUCACGCUCGCCAUCGACACCCUCCUCCAGGCCUAUCCCGGAAUGGAUGUGAAGAAGCUGGUGCCGUGCCUGCUCGAGCCGCAGGACAGCGCCCUGGCGUCGUCGACCGCCGAGCUGCCCGCCGGGCACGUGCUGCCCUAUGCCAAGUGCAUCGAGGCGGUGGUCACGGGCCAGCCGAUCCCCUGCGGCCCUGCGCUCGGCCGCGAUCUGCGCGUGCACGAGGUGGCCCCCGACCUGGCCAUGGGCAGCGUCAAAGUCCUCGCCUCUGACCAGCUGGUGGUGGAGAAGGAGGUGGGGCGCGGAGGCUUCGGCGCCGUGUUCAAGGGGACCUGGCAGGGGCGGCCGGUGGCCAUCAAGCAGCUCCACGCCGACCUCCUCGACGAAAAGAACCAACAAAAAUUCGACGAAUUCAAGCAAGAGGUCUAUCUCAUGAACUGUUUGAAUCAGGAGAACAUCGUGCGGCUGUACGGCAUCUCGCAGCAGCCGCUGAGCAUGGUGAUGGAGUUCGUGCCGUCGGGCGACCUGCGCCACCUGCUGGAGCCCUACUUGAAGGCCAAGGUGGUGUGCAAGCACGACUUCAACCAGCACGCCUCCAUCUUCCGGUCUCAGCUCCAGGGCCGCGAGCGGGAGCUCGCCAUGGACGUCGCCGCCGACGACGUCGUGCUCAUCCACAAGGAGGAGGGUCCGCUCUGCUUCAUCGAGACCAGCCGCUCCGAACGCGGGCUGUUCCCGGUGGCGUGUCUGAAGAAGCGGGCGCAGCCGUUGGGCGAUGCGCAGAUCCCGUGGUCCCUCCGAUGGAAGAUCGCACUCGACAUCGCCAAGGGUAUGAAGUAUCUGCAUUCCUUCAAGCCUCCGAUCGUCCAUCGCGAUCUGCGUUCCCCCAAUGUUUUUAUGAUGAAUUACGACGCCAACGAGAAGGUGACUGCCAAGGUGGGCGAUUUCGGCCUUGCGCGACACGUCGACCCCAAACUCUACGAGGCCCUCGGCACCUGGCAGUGGCUCGCCCCCGAGGUGCUGAGGGACGACAGCGAGUACGACGAGCGUAGCGACAUCUACAGCUACGGCAUCGUCCUGUACGAGAUCGCGUCGCGCCUGACCCCCUUUGUCGACGAAUAUUGGUUCCGGUUCCUCCGCAACAACUACUUCCAGAAGAUGGACUGCAUCCGCGCCAUCAUCAACGACGGCUGUCGACCCACGCCGCCGCUGCCGCACCUGUGCCCGAAGGAGUUCUCGACCCUGAUGAAGGAGUGCUGGCAUGACGAUCCGGCGCUGCGCCCGUCGUUUGCAGAGAUCGUGGAGCGGAUCACGCGGCACCUGGGCCAGAACGACGACGACAUCAGCUUCAACCUCAGCCCGACCCCGUUCGGCUUCUCGGCAACGUCGUCGACGUCGUUGCCCUCGUUGGGCUCCUCGUUGGCCCUGCCCACGGUGUCGACAACCGCGCCUACCACGUCAUCAUUGCCUUCUGCCACGUCAGCAACAGCGACAGCCGCGGCCACGAAGAACGGCAGCGACUCAAAGCAAGGAGAGAAAGAGAAAGAGAAGGAAAAAGCGAAAGAGAAAGAGAAGGAAAGGGAGGGGGAGGGGGCAAGAAAGAGAGAAGGCGGAGAGAACGGAGGCAAUGGGGCCAAGGAGGAGGAGGCUCCCAAGAUGUUCGUGUGGAAGGACACCAUACGACGCGCGCCCAACCCUUCCGUCCAGUGCUUCCUCAAGGUCGACAAUCAGGUGUGGGUGGGUGACGGCUACGGCAAGGCAAUUUUGUACAGCCACAUCUCUGGGCUGCAGCAGGACGAGUUCCAGGCGGCGCGCAAGAGGGCGCAGAUCAAUGGACUCAUCGCUGUCGACGAUACCGUGUGGGCCGCCACCGACACUCUCAUCCGCAUCUACCAGCUCAAGAAAAAGAAAAACAAGCAGGAGUGGAAGAAAGUGAAGACGCUCAAGAGGCACAAGAAGCUCAUCUCUGGCAUGCUCGCCGUGCCCGAUCUGUCGGGCGGCGUGCAGAAACGAAAGGACGAGCGGGAGUUGAUCGUGAAGGAGGACGAGUCGAUCUACUCCAUGUGCGUGGUGGACAACUGCAGCGUGUGGAUUGGUGGCAUGACCGACCUCUUCCGCGUCAACCUCCAGACGUGGGAGAUGAUGCACUGGCGGGCACACGACCAGGCCAUCACCGGCAUCGUGUGGGAACCCAACCAGAAGCUGGUCUGGACCACCUCGCAUGACCGCAAACUCAAGGUGUGGCAGCAGGCGAGCGGCAUGGCGUCGCCGGGGCUCGUGGUGUGCGAGAUCGACGUCGGGCGGAGCUACGGCAUUUCCCUCUCGGCGCCUCUCGUGGCUUCGCAGCCUUUCGUUUGCGUCGGCCAUCGCGACGGCACCGUCUCCGUUUGGGAUGCCAAGACGCAUCGCAAGUUGAGCGAGUGGCAGGCGCACGGCAACGACGUGCAGGCCAUGCAGUACGUGGUGGACCGCAAGGACAACGACGCGGGCUACCUGUGGACCGGUGCCCUCGACGGCACCCUCUCCGUGUGGGCGCAGAACAUGCGCUUCCGCUCCGUCUGA